CUCAGUGCUCUCCGUCUAUUUUAUUCUCACCGAGAAGUGUGUGCGGCUCCGCUGAGGGAGCAAUGCGAUGAUAAAAGCCGCAUAUGCGGUAGGCUACACACCUAUCAGGCAGGAAAAUACCCGAGAAACAGCCCCGACCCGGUUCUCCUCACACCGCAGCCUUACCCACGACUCAGCGCGGAACCACAAGUGCCAGCAGCACCAUGUCCAGGCCAACAGGGGGCGUCGCCAACGAUGUCACCCGUUUCCUGUCAUCGGGCGUGGGGCCAGGGUCUCAAAACUCCAACUCUGCCUUCUCCGCCGCCAGUCAGGCCGACUGGGCGGCCAAGAGGCUGGUGUGGGUGCCGUCAGAGAAGCAUGGCUUCGAGUCGGCCAGCAUCCGGGAGGAGCGCGGCGACGAGGUGGAGGUGGAGCUGACGGACACCCAGCGGAGGCUGACUCUGUCCAGGGAGGAGGUGCAGCGGAUGAACCCACCACGCUUCAGUAAAGUGGAGGACAUGGCCGACCUCACCUGCCUCAACGAGGCCUCGGUGCUGCACAACCUCAGAGAGAGAUACUACUCUGGCUUGAUCUAUACAUAUUCAGGGCUGUUCUGUGUGGUGGUGAAUCCUUACAAGAACCUGCCGAUUUACACAGAGUCCAUUGUGGAGAUGUACAGGGGCAAGAAGCGGCACGACAUGCCCCCCCACAUCUACGCCAUAUCAGAGGCUGCCUAUCGCAGCAUGCUUCAAGAUAGAGAAGAUCAGUCAAUUCUCUGCACAGGCGAGUCUGGAGCUGGGAAAACGGAAAACACCAAGAAAGUCAUCCAGUAUCUGGCUCACGUUGCGUCCUCCCAUAAAGCCGGGACUCCGGGCAGACACAAAGAGCCGGUUCAGGUGGAUGGCUCUAGGUCCUUAACGAGAGGCAGUACUUUGGUGAACAGGGGCGAGCUGGAGAGACAGCUGCUGCAGGCCAACCCCAUCCUGGAGGCCUUUGGCAAUGCAAAGACUGUGAAGAAUGACAACUCCUCUCGAUUUGGUAAAUUCAUCCGCAUUAAUUUUGACGUGGCAGGAUACAUUGUUGGUGCCAACAUUGAGACCUACCUCCUUGAAAAGUCCCGCGCCACACGUCAGGCCAAGGAUGAGAGGACCUUCCACAUUUUUUACCAGCUGCUAUGUGGUGCUACAGAACAAACAAGAGCCGACCUGCUCCUUGGAUCUGCAGAUGAGUAUCGCUUUCUCUCUGGAGGCUCCAUUCCUGUUCCUGGUCAGAGCGAUUCAGAGAACUUCACCCAGACGAUGGACUCCAUGGCCAUAAUGGGCUUCAACCCCGAGGAGUCAUUGUCCAUGCUGAAGGUCAUCUCCGCUGUGCUCCAGUUUGGGAACAUAACCUUCACGAAGGAGAAGAACCAGGACCAGGCCUCCAUGCCUGACGACACAGCAGCCCAGAAGCUGAGCCAUCUGCUGGGCAUCAACGUGCUGGAGUUCACCCGGGCGAUCCUCACCCCCAGGAUCAAAGUGGGCCGAGAGUAUGUGCAGAAAGCUCAGACUAAAGAACAAGCUGACUUUGCUGUGGAGGCCCUGGCCAAAGCCACCUAUGAGCGUCUGUUCAGAUGGCUGGUCCACAGGAUCAACAGAGCUCUGGACCGCAGGCAGAGGCAGGGGGCCUCCUUCAUCGGAAUUCUGGAUAUCGCUGGCUUCGAGAUCUUCCAGCUGAACUCCUUCGAGCAGCUGUGCAUCAACUACACCAACGAGAAGCUGCAGCAGCUCUUCAACCACACCAUGUUCAUCCUGGAGCAGGAGGAGUACCAGCGGGAGGGCAUCGAGUGGAACUUCAUAGACUUCGGUCUGGACUUGCAGCCCUGCAUUGACCUCAUCGAGCGGCCCGCUCACCCACCGGGCGUUUUGGCCCUGCUGGAUGAAGAGUGCUGGUUCCCUCGUGCUACAGACCGUUCAUUUGUGGAGAAGUUGUCCAACGAGCAAGGCAGCCACCCAAAAUUCUUCAAAUCGAAGCAGCCACGCGGGGAAGCAGACUUCUCUAUCAUUCACUACGCUGGAAAGGUGGACUACAAAGCAGACGACUGGCUCGUGAAGAACAUGGAUCCUCUAAACGAUAACGUGGCAUCUCUGCUCCAUCAGUCGUCAGAUAGUUUUGUGUCCGAGCUGUGGAAGGAGGAUAUUCAAACUCUUCCUCGUGUCUACUUCUUUGACUCCUAUGCCACAAUACAGACUAAUGGCUCCGACAUGGACAGGAUCGUGAGUCUGGACAAGGUCUCAUCAGGAGACAGCAGCGGGCCAGUCUCAUUCGGCGCAUCGGGCCAGAAAACGAAGAAGGGCAUGUUCAGGACCGUCGGUCAACUGUACAAAGAGUCUCUCACUAAACUGAUGGCAACGCUGAGGAACACCAACCCAAACUUCCUGCGCUGCAUCAUCCCCAACCACGACAAGAAGGCUGGAAAACUGUCGCCCCACCUGGUUUUGGACCAGCUGAGGUGCAACGGUGUUCUGGAGGGGAUCCGCAUCUGCAGACAAGGCUUCCCGAACCGCAUCCCCUUCCAGGAGUUCAGACAGAGAUAUGAGAUCCUAACUCCAAACGCUAUUCCUCGCACUUUCAUGGAUGGAAAACACGCGUCGGAGCUCAUGAUCAAGGCCUUGGAGCUGGAUCCAAACCUGUACAGGGUGGGUCAGAGUAAAGUCUUCUUCAGAGCUGGAGUCCUGGCUCAUCUGGAGGAAGAGAGAGACCUGAAGAUCACAGACACCAUCAUUCGCUUCCAGAGCGUCUCCAGGGGUUAUCUCGCACGCAAAGCCUUCACGAAGAAGCAGCAGCAGCUGAGCGCUCUGAGGGUGAUGCAGAGGAACUGUGCCGCUUACCUCAAACUCAGGAACUGGCAGUGGUGGCGACUGUUCACAAAGGUGAAGCCCUUGCUGCAGGUGACUCGACAGGAUGAGGAGAUCCACGUCAAGGAAGCUGAGCUGCUGAAGGCCAAAGACCACCUCACCCGGGUGGAGCAUGACUUCACGGAGCUGAACCAGAAGCACACUCAGCUGAUGGAGGAGAAGGCCGUGCUGGCCGACCAGCUCCAGGCGGAGGCUGAGCUGUUCGCAGAGGCGGAGGAGAUGCGGGCCAGGCUGGCCAGUCGUAAGCAGGAGCUGGAGGAGGUGCUGGGAGAGAUGGAGAAUCGGCUGGAGGAGGAGGAGGAGCGGACGCAGCAGCUGAGCAAUGAGAAGAAGAAAAUGCAACAGUCCAUACAGGACUUGGAGGAGCAGCUGGAGGAGGAAGAAACCUCCAGACAGCGCCUCCUGCUGGAGAAAGUGAGCCUGGAGACCAAAGUGAAGAGUCAGGAGACUGACCUGAUGACUGCGGUGGAGCAGAGAGACAGAUUUGCCAAGGAGAAGAAACAGCUGGAAGAGCGUCUGGCUGAGGUCAACGACCUGCUCACCGAGGAAGAGGAGAAGACGAAAAGUCUCACCAAACUCAAGAACAAACAGGAGGCCAUGAUCGCUGAUUUUGAGGACCGUCUAAAGCGUGAAGAGCAGGGCCGCUUAGAGCAAGAGAAGUGGAAGAGGAGGAUGGAGAACGACACGGUGGAGGCUCAGGAGCAGCUGUCAGAUCUCUCCAUGUUGGUGACUGACCUGAGAAACAGCGUGGCUCAAAAGGAGAAGGAAAUCACCUCCCUGCAGGCCCGGCUGGAGGAGGAAAGUGCACGUCGGUCUGAAGCUCAGAGGGCGUUGAGAGAGGCCUCGUCUCAAGUGUCUGAGCUGAAGGAGGAGGUGGACAACGAACGAGCCAUGAGGGAAAGAGCAGAGAAGCAGAGGCGGGACCUGGGGGAGGAGCUGGAGGCUCUGAGGACCGAGCUGGAGGACACUCUGGACACCACGGCCGCGCAGCAGGAGCUCCGGUCUCGUCGGGAGGCAGAGUUAAAUGACAUGCAGCGGGCUGUUGAGGAGGAGACUCGCCGCCACGACUCUCAGCUGUCUGAACUCAGAGUCAAGCACAGUGCUGCCAUAGACAGCCUGCAGGAGCAGCUGGACAACAGCAAAAGAGCUUGUCAGAAUCUUGAGAAGGCCAAGUCGACACUGGAGGUGGAGAGGGAAAGCUUGACAGCUGAGGUCAAGAGCCUGCAAGCGAGCCGCACGGAGUCGGAACGGGGUCGAAAAAGGGUCGAGAAUCAGCUGCAGGAGCUCAGCGCUCGCCUGGCGCAGGCUGACAGAGAGAAGGAGGACAGGGAGGAGCGAAUUCACAAGCUGCAGACUGAGAUCGAAAGCAUGUCCAGCAACUUGUCCUCGUCUGACACCAAAUCCCUGCGUCUCUCUAAAGAGGUCAACAGCCUGGAGAGCCAGCUGAAUGAUAUCAAGGAGCAACUGCAGGACGAAACUCGUCAGAAGAUGAUGCUGAGCUCCAGGGUGCGAGUGCUGGAUGAGGAGAGGAACGGACUGAUGGAGCGACAGGAGGAAGAGGAGGAAAGAAACAAAGAGCUGACCCGGCAGAUCCAAACUCUCACGCAGCAGCUUUCGGAGAUUCGUAAGCAGUCGGAGGAGGUGAACACCGCAGUGGAGGCAGGAGAGGAGACGCGCAGGAAACUGCAGAGGGAGCUGGACAGCGUCGUUCAGAAGGAGCGGCAGAAGGAGGAAGAGAAGGAGCGAGUGGAGAGGCAGCGGGAGCGCCUGAGGGAGGAGAUCGAGGACAUGACUCUGGCUCUGCAGAGAGAGAGGCAGAACUGCACGGCCCUUGAAAAGAGGCAAAAGAAGUUUGACCAGUGUCUGGCAGAGGAGAAGGCGGUGAGCGCUCGGCUGGCAGAAGAGAGAGACCGAGCUGAGGCCGACAGCAGAGAAAAGGAAACAAGAUAUCUGUCACUGUCCCGAUCCCUGCAGGAGGUGCAGGACCAAAGAGACGAGCUGGAGAGGGCCAACAAGCAGCUCCGUCUGGAGAUGGAGCAGCUCGUCAACCAGCAGGACGACGUUGGCAGAAACGUGCACGAGCUGGAGCGAACCCGGAGGGCCCUGGAGACCGAGGCCCAGGGCCUGCGGGUUCAGACGCAGGAGCUGGAGGAGGAGCUGACGGAGGCGGAGAACUCCCGGCUGAGGCUGGAGGUCACCCUGCAGGCGCUCAAGGCCCAGUUUGAGAGGGAGGUCAGCAACAACGAGGAGAAGGGAGAGGAGAAGAGGAGGGCCCUCAGCAAACAGGUUAAGGAGCUGGAGAUCCAGCUGGAGGAGGAGAGGAGUCAGCGCUCUCAGGCCACGUCUUCCAAAAAGCAGCUGGAAGCAGAGCUGCAGGAGUCUGAGGCCCAGAACGAAGCAAAUGCCCGUGGAAAAGAGGAGGCCAUGAAGCAGCUCCGCAGGCUUCAGGGUCAAAUGAAAGAACUUCUACGCGAGCUCGAAGAGACCAAGACGAGUCGGGAAGACGUGUUCACUCACUCGAGAGACAGCGAGAAGAGGAUCCAAACUCUGGAAGCAGAAGUGCUGCAGCUCAGUGAGGAGCUCGCCGUGUCUGAAAAGCAGAGGAGGCAGCUGAAGCAGGACAUCGAUAGGAUGGAAGAUGAGAUGGUCAGCAGCACGGCAAAAGCCGCCAUGGUGGAGGAGAAGCGGAGGCUGGAGGCCCGAGUGACUCAGCUGGAGGAGGAGCUGGAGGAGGAGCAGACCAACAGCGAGCUGGUGACAGAGCGACAGAGGAAGAUGGCUCUACAGGUGGAGACUCUGACGGUGCAGCUGCAGGGAGAGAGGACUCUCGCCCAGAAGGCCGACGCCUCCCGAGAGCAGCUGGAGAGGCAGAACAAAGAGCUGAAGGCUCGGCUGGGCGAGCUGGAGGGAGCCGUCAGGGGCAAACUCAAGCUCAGCGUCGCCGCCCUGGAGGCCAAGAUCGAGUCGAUGGACGAGCAGCUGGAGCAAGAGAGACAGGAACGAGCCAUCGCCAACAAACUGGUGCGAAAGACCGAGAAGAAACUGAAGGAGGCCGUGAUGCAGGCAGAGGACGAGAGAAGACAUGCAGACCAGUACAGAGAACAGCUGGAUAAGUCCAUGUUGAGGCUGAAGCAGCUGAAGCGGCAGCUGGAGGAGGUGGAGGAGGAGAACUCUCGCUCCAACGCCCAGAAGAGGAAGCUGCAGCGGGAGCUGGAGGAGCUCACUGACACCAACACCACCAUAAACCGAGACAUCUCCUCCCUCCGCAACCAGCUCAGACGCGUCGCCCUGCCCAUAUCGAUGCGCGGACGCAGAGCCUUGGUCGACGACUUCUCCCUCGACAACUCCGACUCGGAGGAGCCCCCCGCCUCCCCCACCCCCUCCUCCGGACUCCCAGGAACCCCGACUCCCUCCUCAGACCACAGUCUGGACCCGCCGCCGCCCUACAGUGUCAACAACACGGAGUGACACACUCUCUCUCUCUCUCACACCCACACACACACACACACACACACACACACACACAUGCACACACACACUGAUUCAGCUAUACGAGUGAACGCACACAUAAAUACACACGCACGCAUCGGCCUCGACCUCUCAGGGGUGACGGAGUGACACGCACACAGCACAUUACCGCCGUUCUAAAGCAAAUAAAAGAUAAAUAAAAGAUGCAUCCAUAGGCUGCUUAAACUAUAAAACCUGAUUCAUUAACGCUCUGGAAGAGUUCUGCCUCAUUUUUCUCGACGCAUAUAGAAAAUAUGUAAAGAUGAGAGUUUACAAAGAGGCAACGGGGGUUAAUUUUUAUUCUGUAACAUAACAAAGACUGGAAAUUUCUACAGUACACCUCUGAAACACUAAGCUGCACCUCUGGAGCUCCACAGGAGAGUGAAUUAUUCUCAUCACGAUGCUGUACAGUACUAAAAGCCCAGUAGAGAAACGUAAGGAGGCCCUGUCUUUUACAUGAGCAGGUUUUAACUCAGACUGGAGGAGGAAAUGCUUCCAAGACAAUCUACUUUAACGUGAUUUUAAAUGGGAGGCAGAGACAAACACAUGACACAGGGUCAGGUAAUUUCUGAACAUUAGAUUAAGGUCUGGGAUGAUUCGGCCGGCAGAAAAGAAACUAGAAAGAGAGUGCAGCUCAUUUUAUCGAAACACCGACGACAACAAGUAUCUCAUAAGAUCAAAUAUUUCUUAGAAUUAUUUAUAAGGAACUUUGAUUCAUUACAUCGAGAUUUCUUUUUUAUACUGCUUGUCACAACUAUAGUGACUCAAACUACUGACCUUAAAGAGUCACGGCAAAGCUGAAUUCGCUCAAAGGUCCUUUAGCGUAGGUUAGAAACGGCUCGUCCGAAGCCGCCGCAGUAGGUAGUAUUAGAUAGUUUCUUCAAGUUAAGUCUUAACAUAUUUCUCGAGAAAUUCAGAUUUGUAUAAUUUAUAUCAAGUAUAAACUUAAGUUAUUGGUCACCGCUUGUUUUUCUGUCCGACUCGGCCAAAUGUUGGAAGCAUGUCAGUCUGAUCGUAUCGGUUCCUGCCGGCUCGGACGCCGGGCGGAGUCAGGUUUCAUUCAGCCCGACGUCUCAGAGAUCAAUUUGCAUGGAAAACCCUCCUCAUUCAUCGCAGGAGUUAAAAAACUCCUUCAUGGAAUGUCCACAUUAGUAAAAACAAGCAGAUCGAAUUGUGAUACGACCCCUCCCCCCCCUUUUUUUUGUUUUAUACCGAUAAACGCAUCACAUUUUUUUGACAAGCUUCCUGUACACUGUCGUUUUGAUUUUGCUGAAUAUCUGUGUAAAUUAUGAAUUAAAAAAAAAAAAGCUCUUUUUUUCGUUGAACCAAACGGUGGGCGUACGGAUGAGAAAAGGGACGUAGCUUCGUAGUGAACGUAGAGUAGCUGUAGAAUAACGUAGACGACGGGAGCGGGGGGGGUUGGUCUGGGGGUUUCCGCCGCCUCUCCUCACCGUCCGUUCGUAGAAGAUUGUAGAAAUCCCAGCGUCAGGCUCCCAGCUUUUUCAUAUAGUAGUAGUGCUAGGUUAAAGGAAAAAAAAAUGACAGCAAAGGCAGUGGGGAAUGAAUUUUUAUGACACUAAUGGCAUGUAGAACAAAAAUCUUGCUUUUCUCUUUUCCUUUUUUGACCCUCACCAUCGGAUCAAAAUGAAACUCUUCUCUCUGUGGGCUCUGUGUCGACGCCCACUGUGAAUCCUGGUUACUCAUGUAAUUUGAUUUCAUUCAUCUUUUAGGCGAUGAAGGACUUUUUUUAAUUUUAUUUUAUUUUUGUUUACCACCUUUUAACACACCUGUAUGCCUGCAACAACUCUUAGUCUGCCAGGAGGUCAGUGAGAAGAUUUCAGUGCAGAGACAAAGAGCAAAGUUUGGCCUCCUGAGAAACGCUCUCGCUUGUUUUGUUUUUUGUUUUUUUUUUUGUUUUCCUUUGCUUGAGGGUUAAAUUUAGAAAGUCCCUCAUAGUGACGAUAGGAAGCACGAUCGAAGAUCAACCAAAAUAAAAAGGGGAACGAUUCCACCUGAUUCUGUGUAAAGGCAACAAAAUACACCAAGCAGCUCCUCAGAAACUCCACAAAACAAAAAGUGGAACUUUCAUAUCAGAGCAUAGAGCUAUUUGUUGGCCAGAUUUAGCGUACAGAAAACUUUUCUUCAACUGUGUGAGAAACAAAUGAUGAAGACAGUUAAUCUUUAGUGUUUAAAGAUAAGUUUUUUCACUGUCCUGUCAGAAGCUGCUGGAUGGGAGCCUCAUGUUAUGUGACGAAAAAUUUACAUGUUUGAAAUUCAUGCAGCAUAGAAGAAAACUGCAAAAACCUCAGCAGACGUUUUAAUUGGAAUUUCCUUCACAUGUUCAGUUUGUGAGGUGAAGGGGGAAGCGGCCUUUGGAGGCGCUGCCUGGUGUGUUUUUGGUUUCCUGUACAUGUGUCUGUUUUCAGUCUUCAUGCUGAAGUAACAUCUGCAGCUCGCAGCUGUAAAACAACCGUACAGGACUGGAAUCGACACGAAUUAGACGUUUCCCCAACAGCUAACCUUAGAAAUCAGAAAGAGUGCUUCGACUUUAAAACUGGUGACAACUGAAGAUUGUGUAGCUGAAAUCACAGAUGGUGUUUCUGGGGUUUGUUCUGAAUGUUCCCUUUUGUUUUUUUUUUAAUUCCAGAUGUGUAUCUAUAUUAUUGAUGAAUGAUUAUUGCUCCUGCUGAUGUUUACUCUGCACACGUGGCGAAACAGCAGUGUGUGCAGGAUGAACCGCACUCCUUUGUGUUUUCUGUGUCUUUUAUUUUGUUUUAUUUUUAUGUUUUGCCAUGCCAGGUUCACCAUGAUUAUCACUUUCUUGUGGUUGAAAAAAAGUUCAAACUAUCUGGAUCAAGAAAGACCACUGACGACAUAUAUUUAGCGCCCAAGAAAACUGUUUUAUUUCUUAUUUUCUGUACGUUUGAUUAUUUUAGCAAUAUGCAAUGAAUUUUGUUUGAAGCUGUUUUCUUUUUUUUUUUUAAUGAUUUUGUGUAAUUGGUGCACUUUACACACAACCAGUGGAGAUGAAAAGCAGCCGAGCGUCAUCGGGUUUGACAGGCUGUAAUUCAUCUCGAGAAAAAAGCCGAAAAGCAUCAAGCCAAAGGAGCCGACACCGUGUUUCAUCGUAACGUGAACCGUCUCUCCAACUUUUCAUGUACACUUCGUAUCUCAAAAUGUCACGUCAACAUCCAGAAGGUGGCGAACAGACCAAACUCUGAGACACAUGAAUUAAAGUGCUGGAUCGAGGACAGACGAGAUCUGUUCACCUGUAGCAAGAAACCAGGCCGGUGCUUCUCUGAGGUGUUCUUUUUUUUUUUUCUUCUUCUUCCUGUUUUGUUUAUGGCCACUGUGGAACAUGAAAUAUUUUGGAAAUGUGUUUUAUUGUUUUAGCCUUUUUUUUUUUUUUCCUUAUUUUGUUAAUGACGCUGUAAUUAUAAAACAUCUGACUGGGGUUAACUUUAAUAUAUGUCGUUGGUUUUGA